UUUGCAGACGCUUGUUUCAGGGCUGUGCCGGCAAAAUCAAUAUUACAAUUUUCUGGUGAAAAAAAGCAAGACUAUUGCUUGACAGCAUUGCAUUUGUGUACAUUCAUAUGUAAUUCAUCUCAGGAUUGUUUGUGAUAUUUCAUUCAAGCAGUGUGAAUGUGUAUACUUGACAGUUCCAUGUUUUAUGAUCUUUAAACUUCUACCUCAUUUCACAUUUGUAACACGUUUUAAUCAGUAGCAUCUUUGGUGCCUUGGAUGUUGGAUUUGUGCUGCUCAUACUCAUAGUUGGAAAUCGAUGAUACUUAAUAGUGGGGAUUACUAUUAACUUUUAUUGUUAAAUAUUUGCAUGUACGGAAUAACAGAAUAAGUGCUGACCUCGUUUUUGGGUGACAUUUUGUUUACUUCCCAGAAUGGCUACUAGAACACCAGUGAAGAAAGUUCCCAUACAUUUGCAGAGUGCACAGUCCAGAUUGUUAAUAAAAGGAGGAAAGAUUGUGAAUGACGACCAGUCCAUAUUUGCAGACAUAUACGUUGAAGAUGGAGUCAUUAAACAGAUUGGUAACAACCUGGUUAUACCGGGUGGGGCACGCACAAUCGAGGCACAGGGUAAGCUGAUCAUUCCAGGUGGCAUUGACACACAUACCCACAUGCAGCUACCGUUCAUGGGCACUUGCGCCGUCGAUGACUUCUACUCGGGCACAAAGGCUGCCCUUGCUGGAGGGACCACCAUGAUCAUGGACUUUGUGUUGGACCAGAAAGGUGUUCCACUGCUGGAGGCUUACGACAAAUGGCGCAACUGGGCUGACAGUAAGGUCUGCUGUGACUACAGUCUCCACGUCGCUGUCACAUACUGGAAUGAUUCUGUGGCCAAUGAGAUGGAGGUCCUCACCAAGGAAAGAGGUAUAAACUCGUUCAAGAUGUUCCUGGCCUACAAAGAUGUCUUCAUGCUGGAUGAUAGUGAACUCUACAACUCUUUCAAGAGGUGCAAGGAGUUAGGGGCAAUGGCGAUGGUUCACGCUGAAAAUGGACACCUUAUUGCACAGAAAUCUAAGGAGAUGAUUGCUCUGGGUAUCACGGGCCCGGAGGCCCAUGAGAUGUGUCGCCCUGAGGAGGUGGAAGCAGAGGCCACAAACCGUGCCAUAAUGCUGGCCAAUCAGACAAACUGUCCUCUGUAUGUCGUCCACGUUAUGAGUCGGUCAGCCGCCGAUAUGGUGUGCAACGCACGGAAAAAGGGUUGUGUUGUAUUCGGUGAGCCAAUUGCUGCAAGUCUUGGCACUGAUGGGACCCACCAGUGGAACAAGUGCUGGCGUCAUGCAGCGGGCCAUGUCAUGGGGCCCCCUCUCCGUCCUGACCCAACCACACCAGGAUACCUCAUGGAUCUGCUCGCUAAUGGUGACCUCGCUUGCACUGGCACAGACAACUGCACAUUCAACGCCGACCAAAAGGCCCUUGGCAAGGAUGACUUCCGGAAAAUCCCUAACGGUGUCAAUGGCGUUGAGGACAGAAUGUCGGUCAUCUGGGAGAAGGGAGUGCACUCAGGAAAGAUGGACCCUUGCAGAUUUGUAGCUGUGACUAGUACUAAUGCCGCUAAACUAUUCAACAUUUAUCCUCAAAAAGGUAGGAUAGCAGUUGGUUCGGAUGCUGACCUGGUAAUCUGGGACCCCACAGCAACACGCACCAUCUCAGCUAAGACGCACCACCAGGCUGUUGACUUCAACAUCUUUGAGGGUAUGGUUGUACAUGGCGUGCCCGUCUACGUUAUCAGCAAUGGACAUGUGGUUGUGGAUGAAGGACAGCUGAAGGUCACCCAAGGUCAGGGUAGAUUCAUUCCGAAUCCAGUGCACUCUGAGGCUGCAUAUGGCAGGAUUGCAUCAAGAGAACUGGCCCGGCGCCCGCAGAAAGUUGACCGGGAAGUGUACGAGGGACCAGUGACCGAGAUCAAGGCCAACAGUGUGGAAGCAGCGCCCCCUAGACACAGAAAUGAGAACACCAACAUCAUCAUGGGAGAUGAUAUGCCAGCUGACUUCCACAGUCGUCCACCUACAAGAUCUGGAGGUCGAAACCUCCAGGACUCUAGCUUUUCUUUCAGUGGCGAGCAGAUUGAUGACUCUAUGCCACGAAGACAGAAGAUCCGAGUCUCCAAUCCACCAGGCGGCAAGACAUCCGGUCUAUGGUAGACAAUAAACCUUCGGGAUAUUCUCAUGUUCUUAGAAACAUUUUACAAAUUAUUGAAUGUGUCGUGCACCUACUUCAUAGGAACAGUAACUUAUAUGUACUUUUCGAUUUGUUUCGUUUAUGACUGUGUGCAUCAAUAUUUCACAUGACUGUCACAUGCUGUGUCAUGUGACACUGAGGUCAUGUGUUACAUUCAUACGACAACACUGGUGACAGUGUGGGUUCUGGGGCCAGUUUUUGUCACACUAGGUCAUUUUCAGUUAUAAAAGGGCAAUAAAUUCUUUACUGUGCUUAGGUAGUGUGUCUGAUAGUCUGUGUUUUAAAAAUUAUGGUUGUUGUAAUGAAAAUAAUAAGCAUGUGCAAAGUAAUGUACUUUUCUCCUUUUUUUCGAAUUUAAAAAAAGAGCAAAUGAUAAAAAAAAUUACCAUAGAAAAAAAGAUUUUUUUUAUUUUUAAUAAAGCUAGAUGUAAAAGCCAGUGUUUUUGGCUUAUGUGUUCAAUAUAUUUCUCAUAUUCCUGCUUUGGUAUUUGUGAUGCUCAAAAUGUAUCGGUGUUGUUCUUAAACAUGAAAUUCGCGUAUUUCAUCUGAAUUUUUAAACAUUUAGGUCAUUAAUCUAUUAUCAAAUUUCAUUUCUACAAACAGCUUAUAAUCUGCUGAUACUUUGGCAGGCAAAUUUGUGUUUUUGUGUCAUUAUUUGACUUGGAUCAACUAUUACCAGUAUUCUACCAUUGUAAUGAUUCCGUCAAUGUACCUUAUGUCCAUCCAUAAAGUGAGGAAACGCCAGCAAUGCAGUGCAUGAAGCAAGAGCUACCUGGCUGCUACAUGUAGUUAUAGAGGAUUUAUAAUUAUUAGUACCAUCCCAAUGUAUCGUCGUUAUUUCAGUCUAUGCUUAUGAUGUAUUUUAUGCUUUGAUAGUUAAAUAUUGUAGAUGAAACUGUGUGUUACAUAUUGUUCUUGUAAUACAUGUUCCCUACGCAUACUCCGAGAGAUUGCGAGUCUACGCAGACAUUUUGUUUUAGAUUUAUGAUAGUUUAGUUAGUACAAUGGAAAUGUUUUGUCAGAAUAUUUACACUUACAGCUGGAAUGUAGAAAAAUAAAGAAAUAAUAGAAUAAAACACCAGAAUACCAUAAUAAAAACAGUCUAACAUGUAUUAAAUUGUUUAUAAAAAUGUGUCCAAUAUUGUCUUUUAAUAACUUGAUAAUUCUAAUUCAUUUUUGUUCGUGUCAAAACCAGGUCUUUGUACCAUUUAUAAUCCAAAUAUAGUAGAUGUGGUCGUUUUACUUUUCAUCUGUUCAGUUUACUGCCUUACUGUAUUUGUUAUUAUGUUUGUACUUGGCUACAAAUUAAAAUAUACCCAGUAGA